AUGGAAGGGAACCGGCUCUCUGUCCUGCCUGGAGAUAUCCAUGAAACACAGAGUAGCGAUUACAUGCCUUCGGACGAGUGCGAUGCUAGAGGCGACGGCUUGGAAGGAGGCCAUGGGAGCCUGGCAGGGGAACCACCGAAGGCUGCAUUUCAUCGACUCCCCCAAGUUGUAAUCGAGAGAAUAUUAUGUUUGGUUGAUGCAAACUGCUUUGCUUCACUGACAUUGCUCAACCGUGCAUGGCGACGGAUAUCUGAUAGUCCAAGACUUUAUCGCCAUCAUUUAGCAGACUACUGUUCGCCGCCUGGUUCAUCAGCUGAGGUUUUGGAAUCAGCAAGCCUUGAGACCCUGAAAUCGAAGCUCGCCCAGAUUGCCAGGAGCCAUGUUUUUGCUGCCUUUCUUCGGCCAAAGCAGACCGUUGUGAAGCUUAUAUCGGCAUCGGUCAGCUCUUCCUCUGCCUCACCACAAGGUGAAGCGUUACGAUUUAUCUUCUCUGCACACGGUCGGUUACUCCUGGCGUUAAGCUCGUCUAGGAUUUUCGUGAUAGAUCUUACGAAAGACCAUAUCUCGGUACGUCAUGAACUGAAGAUACUUCGGCGUCCUACGGCGGCUGCAAUACUUGAUGACGGGUCCCUCUUAGCUGUUGCAUCUUCUGGGCAUCGGGUACGGCUAUAUGAGCUGAAAGACCAAUAUGCCAGACUUCUUCAGACGAUUGAGCUUCACGAGGUUCCGUUAUCAUUAGAAUUUUCACCUUAUGCCUCCGUUCUGGCUGUGGCAUUUGACGGAGGGAUUGAGAUCCAUGCCUUGGGAGAAAACAUUCUAUCCACCGCCCAUCGGGCAGUAAGAUGUGAAGGAGUAUCGACCUUGACCUUUUCUUCUGAUGGAUCCAUGCUCUUUGGUUCUUCAGACGAUCCUCGCGCCAACAGCUUUAUCAUGGUAUCCCCUCCUCUUCUUCCUGACCCUGGGUUUGAUCUUAGCCUGUCAGAACUCCAUAGUCGGAUGUGGACAACUCAAAUUCUGUUCCCAGAGGUUGGCGAGGGAUACAGCUACUCUAAUUUGAUACCUCCGGCAGAGAGCGGCGACCAGUCCAUCUUCUUUGUAGGAUACGAUAAUCGAAUGAAGGCCUUCCGUAUAUCCCAAGUUGAUGAUAUCAAAGGCGGGACUCUCUACCUAGUUGGGCCCGGAGCAGAUAUAGAAAGAGACGAGCCUCGGCCAAAUCUGCUACCAGUUACUAGUGGAAAAGGUGAAUUUAUAGCAACAAGCUUUGAGAAGUCUGGGAUAUGGAUAUUUGGAGUCCCAGAGUCAAGGACAAAACCUGAGGAUUCUGGAAAGGAUUCCGAAGCGCGUCCCCAGCCUACAAUCCCUCGCAUCGAUGAAAAUGGCUCUUUAUCGCACGAGGCCACCAAUUUCCAACGGCUUAAAAAACAUAUCGAAGGCUCAAAAAGUUUCAUAGCAGGACAUCCCAUUGAAGCAACCAACGAUAUCACAGACAUGAGGUGGAUGCGGAACGUUAAAGAAGAGAGUUCCGGCUCUAGCAAACUAUGCAGGCUUGUUGCAGUAGCCCCGGGGGGCGUGGACUCCUCUUUCAGCAUGAUUACCGGGGACACCAUGCCUAUCGACGGGGGGAGAGUCAUCCUGUUUGAUUUUGAGAUCUCCCCCAGAAAUGGCGCAUACGAGGAACUCACUAUCGAAGCUGGUGAGGCGGUUCCCACAGAGUUGCCAGAACAGGGAGCAACCCUCGAUGCUGAGGUCGAGCUUGAGAAAAGGAGAGCUCAAAUCAGCCGUCAGAGGACCAUGGCUGCUAGACAUGCCCCGUCAAGGUCGAGCUGGCGUAACAGCAUACCUCCGGCCGGAUCUCAGCUCGAUGAGGAAUCAACAUCACCGCCUCUCCCAUCUACUCCAGGGGGCGGAGCUAGGAGUGCUCUACCAUUCUUAGACAGUCCGUACAGCAACACCUCUCCUCGCUCCAUAGAAACACUAAGACGAGCGGCAACAGCAGCUUCGCGUAGCCUCGCCGCAAGUAGAUUCGAGACAGCCCGUCCUGCCCUCGGCUCCGGUUCUCGUCGCAGACAGUUUGUCGUGCCCCAUGAGAGCGAUGCGGAUAACUGGGUUCCACCACCUCCCCCAUACACUGAAGAUGCCAGCGAUCCUCUACCAGAUCAUUUUCGGGCAGGUAUCGUACCUAGAGCUACGGAGCCUCCGCCUCGUAACCCACCUAGAGAUAUUGGCCACGGCCUACGCAGGUCACGAACGUCAACUAUAGACUCCUCGGGGAGCUCGUCGCUACAUCGUUCGCAAACAACCAUAAGCCGGCCUAGUGUCACGAUCCCGAGACGCCCUCUUCACUCUAAUAGUGCCACGAAUAGUCCAAUAAACUACCACGACACAUCCCCAAUUGCAAAUGUGUCACCUCCUAACCCAGUCAUCGGCGGCAGUAGACAGAUACCCAAUAGCCAGGGCGGCCACAGCACAGCCAACAUCAAUUCUCUCCCUCCUUCCCGCAACACUCCUACUAAUACUGGUUCCACGUUUCCUCUACCUCAAGUUCCUCCCACGCAACACCCCAUAACCUCGACACCAGCCAGUUUCACUCCCUUGCAUGGCCAUGGUGCACCGCCCAACCCGCCAUUCCAAGUUAUAGGGAAUCAGGGCUACCCACCACACUUGGCUACAGCCACUCCGAGUCAAUUACAGCCGGGCAGACCAGGGGGACAGCCAGCUCAACUAGAUGCAUUGCAGCGGCCUCCCUAUAUACCUUCACCAAACGCAGCUUCGAUAGCACACGCUCCGCACCCUGAAGACCCCUUACCAAAUGUUCCCACUUUGCCUGUUCAACGCCAGAUAUCCGGAUCGAGCUCACUUCCUGAACAACCCCAAGGAGACCCUCAGUCGCGUAGUGGCCGCUGGCUCUCCACCAAUUACAGGUCCUCCGACAACUCAAACUCUGGUGUUCAAAGGUCCCGGUCUCGUUCUCAGGAUGUGCCUCGGCGUCGUCUAAACACGGGGGGAGGACUCUUUGACAAACGCACCGGACGCAACAUCCUAACGUCUCAGUCCGACAUUCGACUAAAUUCUACUGCACGGUCAGAAGACUGGAAAGAGCAAUGGACUAAGCUGAAAGGUGAAAAGAAGAAGAACAAAGAUUCAAAGUGCGCAGUAAUGUAA